GGGAAACACAAACGUUGCCUUAGCAACGAGCUAGGGCGCGUCAAGCGUUAUGGUUAUCAACAGGUUUAAUUUCAACAUUAAUUAUAGAAAACUUAACUAAAACACACGAUGGAAACAGCAAGCAAUUCUUCCGUGUUUCUUCUUACGGUGAACGGACAAAUUGAGGGAGCGAACUUUCCAGAUUAUGACCAUUUAUACUGUAAAUAUUGUUACGUCUACGGCCAUGACUGGGCUCCCACCACAGGUUUGGAGGAAGGCAUCACUCAGAUCACCUCUAAAAGCUCCCAGUCUCACAAGUUAAUAUGGAACUUCCCUUUGGAGACAACAUUCAAGAGUACAAAUCCUUCUGGAUGGCCUCAGCUCGUGGUGAGCGUGUACGGACCGGACGUUUUUGGCAACGAUGUGGUCAGGGGUUAUGGAGCAACGCACAUUCCUUUCACACCUGGACAACACAUAAGAACCAUCCCGAUGUUUGUUCCCGAGCCCACAUGGAGACUUCAGAAGUUCACAGGCUGGUUGCUAGGACGACGACCCGAGUACACCGACCCCAAAGUGGUGGCACAUGGGGAAGGCCGAGAAGUGACGAGGGUUCGAUCUCAGGGCUUCGUCACCGUCUCCUUCCACAUAAUGACCAAAGACAUGAAGAGGAUGGGCUACGACAUGGGACCGAUGAACUCGUCAACUGUCCAGUCCGCCACUUCCAGUCAGUCAGGAGAUGCACAAUAGUACGUGAAGUAACAUGAAAGCUAACUGGAGUCACUACAUAUCAGUUGUCAUUGUGACUGAACUCCAGCCCGGAUUGGAGUCCAAACACUGGAAACUCGGGGAGUCUGGUUUUGAGACCCCAGCUCAAAACCAGAGCUGUGCAUUCUGAUUGCUUCUCAAAGUUGCCUACAGAGUGAUAUCUGUGGAGUGGAGGGGCUUGGUAAAAGCCUCAGACAAUGUUGGUGUUGCAUUCCUCGCCGCAGGAGGCUGUGAUGUUAAGGGAGAGGUCCGUUGCCUUGUUGGAUCUACACAAAAUGUGAAUAUUGGUUAUAAAAUGUCAAAGCCCCAUGCUGAACGUUUGUAUUUUCAGCUUAACAUGUAGUUUUAAUUCUCGAGACGUGGACAAGUUCGCUUGCAACCCAUGGCGUCAUUGUGUGGAAAGACUUCAGAUAAAUUUGAAAGCUGAAAAUGUUAAGUCCAUUUAUUCACUGGAUAUUCUAAAUGUCAGAUCAUCACGAUUAGGAAAGUUUCAGAUUUUAUCUUUUUUUUUAAAAAAAAAAGUGUUAAAUACUUCCAGAUUUUUGAUACUAGCUCCUUAAUUUAAAGCUGUAAAAUUUGUUCAUUGAAUCCAUCUUUUAGUGGGAGUUCUCUGCCUACUUUCAGUUGUCAGAUUUAAAACCCUGGCUAAUGAGUUUGAGUUAUGAGAUCUGUUAUUUACUAAUAGCUCCUUUGUCACAGAGCAGAGUGUGUUUAAUUAGAUUUGGCUUAACAUUGGACACAUUUCCUAGAAUGUGCAUCUACGGAAUGGUUUUAAAUAGCCAGGGUGUAAAAGCAUCUUCUGGUAUCAAGUAAGUUAAAUGAAUGUCUAACUUUCCUUAAUUGACUUAGGUCUUACAUUUAACAUAUAAAAUGUCCUAAACUGAAGUUAAAACAUUUUAUAUUUAACAAAAACCUUUAAGAAACAUUGGUGUAAAACCAAGCAAUGCAGUCCAGAAAUAUAAACAACUUGAUGUUUGGUAGUUCUAGAUAUAUUCUGUAUUGUACGGUUGCACUUUUUUUUAAGCAUUUUCAAAAUAAAUUCUAA